UAUUGUUGAUGUGUUAAAAUAUAAAGCAUUUUCUGUCUUUACGAAACAUUAAAUUCUUUAAAAAAUUAGCUACCUUUGGUCGAGACAGAGCUUUUCAAUUUGGUGUGUUCUUUAUUGACGUUUGUCUAUCAGACAGUAAUUUUGGUGUAUUAUAUAUUUACUUAUGGUUUGUAAAAGGAUAGGAAUGAGUGGGAUAAAAGAACAGUUUGACAACUGAGCUCCCUAUACCCACUUUUAUUUUGGAAAGAUAGGAGAGUUUACAGAAAGUAAACUCUUUGCUUUUGUACUGAUUUGCAAUAGUAAACAAGAGCAUGUGUAAGAAAAAACAUUUUUUGAUGAAGAAAGGGCUUUUGAGAUGAGAGUUUAAUUUUGCAGUGUUAAAUUAUUAAAAGGCAUCACCAACCAUGGUACAUUUUGUCACUUUGUCUUUUUAUGAACACUGGAAGAAUGCAAACAUAUACCCAUAAUUUUAAGCCCACGUGUGAUAGAAUUUUUUUACAACUUUAGAUCCCCUCACCCCAUUAGCAUACUUGGCUCAGUCAAGGGAAAAUUAAACUUCAGUGAAGGUAAAUAUUAAAUAUGAUUUUCAUCUUGACAGCUAACAGAACAUUACCUGUGUUCACUCACCCUGAAUUUUCUUCCUUAUGUUUAUUUGAUACAUUCUUCUCCUUAAUUAUAGACCAUUCUAUAGUUUGUGCUGGAGCUAACACAGAGUAUGUUCAGGCACUGGGCUUAGUGUGUAAUGUGCAUUUGCAUUAAUCCUUGAAGCUACCCUAUGUAAAGAUAAUCUUAUACAUGUUGCACAGAUAUAGACAAUAACCUCCAGUAUCCUGUAACUUACGUGGGUAGUUAAGGAGAUCAUAUAGCUGGUAAAUUGCAGAACUAGAACUCAAACUAAUUCUAGAACAUAUGCUCUAUCAUAUUCUGCAUAAGUUUAUGUGCUGACUAAUACAAAUUUUAUGAAAAUGGGAAUUUUUAUUACAAAGAAACCUUUCAGUUCUGUUGGUAAUCUUGAAAGCUUUCAGUGUCCUUGACUCAAUAUAAUCUUAAGGUUCUUUUUUUUUUUUUCCUUUUCAAAUGUGUUCGUUUUCUACCCAGAGGUAAUAUUUGGGCAAAAUUUCAGAAUUUUGUUGAUCUGUAAAAGAUUCCUAAUAACUCAUAGUGACCUAUCUGGAAUUCAGAUGUUUUCAGUAACUUUUCCUCCUAUUUCAGCAUGCCAAAAUACUGCAAAGAUCAGAUAUUUUCUACUCGGGAGGCCAAGGACCGUGUCUUCAGGUUUUCUUCACUUCAUCGUGAAUUGUAGCACAUCAGACUACACAAGGUGUCUUAGUUGAAGUUUCAUCAGUUGUAAAAUUAGAGAUUUGUAGACUACUGAAAAGAAGGCAUUUUCAGAGCCAGAGAUGUGAACUUAAAAACUCCUGGGCCAGGGUUCACAGACCAUAUUGAGAAAAUGACUGUGGUGUUGGAAGAUCAUUACUUUUGGAAAGCCGAUUAGCAUCAAUUCCUAAGAGAAAUUUGACCAUCAUUUGUUCUGGCAUGGCGCAAAGCAGUCCACAGCUUGAUAUUCAGGUUCUCCAUGAUCUUCGGCAACGUUUUCCUGAAAUUCCAGAGGGUGUGGUUUCUCAGUGCAUGUUACAGAAUAACAACAAUCUUGAAGCCUGUUGCCGAGCCCUUUCCCAGGAGAGUAGCAAAUACUUAUAUAUGGAAUACCAUAGUCCAGAUGACAAUAGAAUGAAUAGAAAUCGCCUUUUGCAUAUUAACCUGGGUAUACAUUCUCCUGGUAGCUACCACCCAGGAGAUGGAGCUCAACUUAAUGGUGGUCGAACACUGGUACAUAGCUCAAGUGAUGGACACAUUGAUCCACAGCAUACAGCAGGUAAACAGUUGAUUUGCUUAGUUCAGGAACCACACUCAGCUCCAGCUGUUGUGGCUGCUACUCCCAACUACAAUCCAUUUUUUAUGAAUGAACAGAACAGAAGUGCAGCUACUCCUCCUUCACAGCCACCUCAACAGCCAUCUUCCCUGCAAACAGGAAUGAAUCCAUCUGCUAUGCAAGGGCCUUCACCGCCGCCGCCACCACCUCCUUCAUACAUGCACAUACCUCGGUAUAGUACAAAUCCAAUUACUGUUACAGUGUCCCAAAACCUCCCUUCUGGACAGACUGUACCAAGAGCUUUACAGAUUCUUCCACAAAUUCCAAGCAAUCUCUAUGGGUCUCCUGGUUCUAUUUAUAUUAGACAGACAUCUCAGAGUUCAUCAGGAAGACAAACUCCUCAGAGUACGCCAUGGCAGUCCUCACCACAAGGCCCAGUGCCUCAUUAUAGCCAACGUCCUUUACCUGUUUAUCCACACCAACAGAACUAUCAACCUUCACAGUAUUCUCCCAAACAGCAGCAGAUUCCCCAGUCUGCUUACCAUUCACCUCCUCCUUCUCAGUGUCCUUCACCCUUCAGCUCUCCACAGCAUCAAGUACAACCUUCCCAGUUGGGCCACCCAAGCUCCCAUGUGUUUAUGCCACCUAGUCCUUCAACUACUCCACCCCAUCUAUAUCAACAAGGACCUCCUAGCUAUCAGAAACAGGGAAGCCACUCAGUAGCCUAUCUCCCAUACACAGCAUCUAGCUUACCCAAAGGUUCCAUGAAGAAGAUAGAAAUUACAGUUGAACCUCCUCAAAGACCUGGGACAACAAUUACUAGGAGUCCUUCACCCAUCAGUAAUCAACCCUCUCCUCGGAAUCAGCAUUCACUGUACACAGCCACCACGCCACCUUCAAGUUCUCCUUCAAGAGGGAUGUCUAGUCAACCAAAACCUCCAUUUAAUGUUAAUCCUGUGUAUAUUACAUAUACACAACCAACUGGACCUUCAUGUGCUCCAUCGCCAUCUCCUCGGGUGAUACCAAACCCAACUACAGUUUUUAAAAUUACUGUAGGCCGAGCAACAACUGAAAAUCUUUUAAAUUUAGUGGACCAAGAAGAGCACUCUGCAGCACCAGAACCUAUUCAGCCCAUUUCAGUGAUACCAGGCUCUGGGGGAGAAAAGGGAAGCCAUAAAUAUCAGAGGAGCUCUAGUUCUGGAUCAGAUGACUAUGCCUAUACACAAGCCUUGCUGUUACAUCAGCGAGCAAGGAUGGAGAGGUUAGCAAAGCAAUUGAAAGUUGAGAAAGAGGAGCUAGAGCGGUUGAAGGCUGAAGUUAAUGGUAUGGAGCACGACCUGAUGCAGAGACGCCUCAGAAGAGUCAGCUGCACCACUGCGAUCCCCACGCCUGAGGAAAUGACAAGAUUGAGAAGCAUGAACAGACAACUCCAGAUAAAUGUUGACUGUACACUGAAAGAAGUUGACCUCCUUCAAUCUAGAGGAAACUUUGAUCCAAAAGCCAUGAAUAAUUUUUAUGACAACAUAGAACCUGGUCCAGUUGUACCACCAAAACCAUCCAAGAAAGACUCCUCAGACCCCUGCACAAUUGAGAGAAAAGCUCGAAGAAUUAGUGUGACCUCCAAAGUACAGGCGGAUGUUCAUGACACCCAGGCAGCAGCUGCAGAUGAGAAUCUAACUGGCUCCACACACAGUCCUCGGAUACAACCCCGAGAUGAAGACUACGAAGGGGCUCCGUGGAAUUGUGACAGCUGCACCUUUCUUAACCACCCAGCACUAAAUCGCUGUGAGCAGUGUGAGAUGCCACGGUACACUUGAAUUCAGAAGAGUUGGCACCAGGUUAAGAGUGAAACUUUUUGAGCACCAUGAGAAAAGGAAACCUCAGGAGUCUAUUCAUCUGCCCAGCCUUUUCAUUUUCAAUUGCACAGGGGGGGGGUAGGAGGAGGAAUGGCACUGUGGUCACUGUGCUCACAAAAGGAAUAUGGUGAGGUCUUUCUUUUUUCCUUUCUUAACUCAUUGCAGAGUUAGAGGUAGAAAGGAAUACUUGAAACUGGGGAAGGAUUCACUCCUGAAAGAAUGUACACAGAGCUAAGUCAAGAGCUCUUCUGUGGAAUCCCAAUUGUUAAAGUUACUGCUGAGUGGCCCUUAUGUUUUUUUUGAAGUCAAACCUUGAAUGAUAUUAUGAAAAGUUAACAGUUUAUGCAGACAAACUGUGAAUUCCAGAGUAGGCUUACCUGGCCACAGCUCUCUGGAAAACCAAGGCUCCCUGUGCUUCUUCCCAUGCUUCCUAUGAAGAGAAGGACAGGAAAAAGCACCCAGAAUAUGAUUUUUUUUUUGCAAAAUAAUAGAGAUAUUUUUAAUUGCUGCUUUUUUUCAGGGGUAAUUUCAAACACAAACAAUAUGUUUUAAAAUGUGAUUUGUAGCAGUCAGGAAUUAGGCAUAUUAUGCCCAUCAUUGGAAAGUACAAUCAGAGGUGGUAAGAUCCCUUUGGCUUGUACAAGGUUUCAUCAAGCUAUAUCAACACUGGUAACUAAGACCUGAUUAUGCCAUAUAAGAGAUAUAUUUUUAAGUUACUGUAUGCUUUUAUUAGGCCGUUUUAAAAAAUAACAAAUCCUUACAAAGUAUGAUUUUAUAAAUGACAUUCUUGUAAAACUGCGCUUUGCCAAUAGCACAGUGAAUGUAUGCCAAAUGCAAGUCCAUUCCAAAAUCUAUUUGGAAAUCUUGAGCUCAGCUGUGGUUCUUAAGAAAUGUUUGCAGUUCAUAGGGCUUUUUUUUUUGCCUCCUUCCAAUUUUGUGAUGAAUUCAUGAUGUUUACAGCACAGAUAAUACUUUGUGCCAUAAUCCUAAUUUAGCUGAAGAAAAAAAAUCAAUAUUAGCUGUUCAAUAAAGAUUUAUUUACACAUAUGUAAUAAACCAAUGUGAGGGAAAUUACAGUUGGCCAAUAUCAAAGUUGCACACUGCAUUGUUUGGGGAGCAAGAAAAAAAUGGUUAGGAAAUAUUGGAUGGGGGUGUAGCUCAGUGGUAGAGCAUAUGCUUAACAUGCACAAGGCCCUAAGUUUGACCCCCCCAGUACCACAAAAAGAAAAAAGAUGAAUACAAGAGUUUAAAAUGAACAACUUUUUAAAUAAAAGUGUUUUCAGAGGUCAUAUUGAAUUUGUCCAGGCAUCACAGCAACCUAUGAAACAGAACUUCAAGGUUUGGAUAACUGAAGAGAUAAAAUCAUGUGACUCAUUAGGGUGCAUCACUGGAAAUUUAAUAGCACAUCUAAAUAAGGUCUCUGCCACUGUUCAGUUUCCUUCUUGGCUCAGAAUUAAUUUUAAAAUCCAAACCCCUCAUUUGGGUGAGUAUAAACAGCAAUAAAGUUGGUAUAUUUUCCCAUUCUGAAGCAUUUUGGCUAAGGUUAUAACCUUAGGAAUACCAGCAGGUACCCCCCUACACACACACACACACACACACCCUUUGUGUUCUCAUUGUAUUCUAAUUUAGCAGUAAUCUCUGGCAGGCCUGGAAAAACAAGCUGCACUUAAUAGCAUAAUGAAACCAAAGGCAUAACUCAUCAUAGUUUUCCAUCAAAUCAUAAUUUCAUACUCUGCCUAUAGCUUUGAAAACAUUUUUUCAUAUGUGGAAAACUCCCCAAAAUAUGUCCACUCGUCUCCCAAAGUUAAAUGUGGUUAUGUAAUUACACUGAUAAAACAUUUCUCAUAUAACAAUUGUGGCAAAACUGUGAAAAAGAUGGUGAGAAAGCAGACAGGCUUUAAAGCAUGGACUUGAAAACAGUUUUUUUUUUUUUUUUAAACAGACUUUUGUAACACUGGUAUCUGUCAGUCUCCAACAACAGUCCAGCAGUCCUACUAUCCUGUAAGAUUCCUUUGCCUCUGUGUGGUUUUGUAUCAUGUUGGUGGUGGUCAACCCCACUUGGUGUUAAUAAACAAUUUAGGGGGACAAACCUAUAUAUACUGCUUGGUGUUCUAGCUAAAAGGUUUACCAGUAUUCAUAAUGAUACGCUGAAGUGGCAGCAAUUAACUUGGCAGUUGUCAGUUGAAAUGAAAGUAGCAUGUUUGAAAAUAGUCAGAUGCUUUAUUAAAACCAUGUAGAUGACUUUUAAAACUAUUGCAUGAAAAUACAUCCAGGUUAAUAAGCUGUUAUCAUACAGUAGAUGCAUGGUUUCAGUCCUUUGAUGACAUAUCUAGUCAAUCAUUGCUUUCCUGCCAGGAAAAAUGAGAAAACAGUCCAUUUGCUAGGUGUGGAAGGUGGGGUAUGAGAUAUCAGAGAUUGAUUUUAAGGAAGUUUUGUACAUGCCAAUUUGUGAUUGUGCACAAGUUUCAUCUGCCAACUUAGGCCGUAUUCAGUUUUUUAAAAUAUGCAUAUUGUUUGACACUGAUAAAUUUGCUAUGUUUAACUGUAUCCCAUAGACUUCUUCUUGCCUAUGACCAGAUUGAGUAAGAAUCCACCCAGCUUUCAAGGUAUCUUUUCCAAAGGAUCUCCUAGUCAGAUUGGUAUGCAUAAACAAUUGGUAGGAAUUAAGUUGGGUGAUGCCUAGCCACUGAGGCACCUACGCCCUUUGGUUGAGUUGGUGCACUCCUUGUUUCUUGUAAGAGAUUUGCUUUCUUAAAAUACAACUGGUUUGAUAUAUCUGGUAACAUAUAGACCUGACUAUACAUUUUACAUUAUUUCACCGUUUCGUAACUGGGUUUUUAGAAAGCACGUUUGCCAUUCUGCUACAGUACAUUGCCCCUUAAAUUUUGGAGUUCUUAAAAGUUUAAAGUGGUAAUAGAGGAGCCAGAAACUUUCUAAGCAUUGUAAAAUGUUGAUAUUGAGCUAGUUUGGGAGAGAGUAGAGGCAGGAGAUUUUAAAGAAACAAAAGAAAUGCAUUGUAAAAAUGUAGUUUUAGAGCAGAUUAAUGAUGGUGGGGAAAGUGUUGCUAAUUUGUUUAUUUCCCUGGAAGAAAUGGGAAGUGUGAUAAGCAGUUUAAUUUUUAAGGAGCUGGUCUCAAUUUUAGUACUUUUUAAUUAUAAAUCGAUGUUUCCUUAAAUUUUGUCAUUGCUUUGUCACAAUUAUCUAGGGUUCAUAUCCAACUUUCUGUGGCAACUCAAUUUUAUAUAGUCUUUUAAAAGGUAAUUGUAAUGUCUUGCUGACAGUAUAAACAAAAAGCAAGAAUAUAAGACAUAGAAGAAUUGUUCUUUAAAAAUUAUCAAUGAUGUAUCCUGGAAUGUGAAGAUGUCCCUUUAUAGUUAAAAAUUAUUUUAAUAUUGUACCAUUGUUAGACCUUGAAUGAGUCUAUGUUACAGUGUGUGUAUGUAUAUCUGUAGAGAAAGGAAAAUGACAAGUGAAAUGCUACUUUAAAAAAAUCAAAGUUGGGCACUGUCUGUGUUGCACCACUACUGUAUCUUUUUGAAAGAAUUAACAGUAUUUUCCUAUUGUGAAAGUUAAUUCUGAUGACGUUUUCACAUUCACCAGAAAUUUUUUUUCUGUAUUAUUUGCAUCCCCAAAUAUUUAAUACAAGUAGAUUUUGCAUGGCUUGGGCAUUCAGAGAUUUAUAGAAUGAUGAGUCAAUUUUAAUUUCUAAAGCCAUGAAAAGUUGCUUUGAGACUGAGCAAUUCUGAAUUCUUAUUUAUGAGAACACGCAAUGUCCAUGUUUCUUUCCCUACUGUAAAGGAAUUGAUCAGUUUCUUCAUUAAAGCAGCAAGAACUUAUUAAAUCUUGUAAAUACCAUGUCUCUUAGAUUUCUGUGUAUGCUGUGAAUGAAAUUAUUUUGAGAUGAAAUUGUACAAAGGCAUUUUAAAAGGCUAUGCAUGCAUCGUACUUCCAAACAGUACAUAUUCAGAAAGUCAAAAGUUUCCUGAAAAAUAAAUUAAUAAACUAAAAGCAAACACUA